UCGGCGGCAGCGAUGACGACGGCGGCAGCAAAGGCAACCAAGAGUGACUGCGAUCAAACAGAAAUAUUAGGACAACUCUUUAGCCUACAGAGAUGACUGUUACUAACGUUUUGACGGUCCGUGUUGCCAGUACUUCAAAUUGUCGGACCAAUCCUGAAUAAAUCGUGAGCAACUGGUUAUUCUCCUGGAGUGCCUACCUAUAGUGCGCAGAACUGUUACAUACAACAACGGCGAACUGGCGCUGCUAAUGCUGCUGGGCAACUGCCGGUACAUUGACCUUGGUGCGCAAUUCGUGCUUUUCCGGUCUAAACGACUUACUGAUGCUGUUUUGCUUACGCUGUACACGUCUAUCGGACGACGUUAAUGUUGGCUGAGUGCUACCUGGUCGCUUAUGACUUGAUUGCCCCACAGGAGGAAUAGAGGAAGGUACGGCGAUCAGCUGAAACUGUGUACUACCUGAUAAUUUUGGCCUGCUUUGUGGGAUGGCGGACCGUAACCUCGCAACUGGGGGUCAGCCCCUGGUUAAAAUAGGUCAUUACAUCCUAGGUGAGACUCUAGGAGUUGGCACAUUUGGAAAGGUUAAAACUGCUAAGCACCAACUGACUGGCCACAAAGUGGCGGUGAAGAUCCUCAACCGACAGAAGAUAAAAAAUCUGGAUGUUGUUGGAAAGAUCCGAAGAGAGAUACAGAAUCUCAAACUCUUUAGACAUCCACACAUUAUUAAACUCUACCAGGUGAUCUCGACGCCGACCGACAUCUUCAUGAUAAUGGAAUAUGUUUCUGGUGGAGAGUUAUUUGACUACAUCGUUAAACACGGAAAGCUCAAGGAAAGUGAAGCGCGCCGUUUCUUCCAGCAAAUCAUCUCAGGCGUCGAUUACUGUCACCGACAUAUGGUGGUUCACAGAGAUCUUAAACCUGAAAAUUUACUUCUAGAUCAGGCGUUGAACGUGAAAAUUGCUGAUUUCGGUCUGUCAAAUAUGAUGAUGGAUGGAGAGUUCCUACGAACAUCGUGUGGGUCACCCAACUAUGCCGCGCCAGAGGUGAUCUCGGGAAAAUUGUACGCCGGACCUGAAGUUGACAUUUGGUCAUGCGGGAUCAUUCUCUACGCGCUACUUUGUGGAACGCUUCCCUUUGACGAUGAACACGUACCUACUCUAUUUAGAAAAAUUAAAUCGGGGAUUUUUCCAAUUCCGGAUUAUUUGCACAAGUCUGUCGUAUCGCUACUGAUCCAUAUGCUUCAAGUGGAUCCGAUGAAACGCGCUACAAUGGAGGAUAUUAAGGCUCACGAUUGGUUUAAAAGAGAACUUCCUGCUUAUCUUUUUCCACCGCCAAACGAAACUGACGCAUCCAUUGUUGACAUUGAUGCUGUACAGGUGGUGUGUGAAAAAUUCAGUGUUGUCCAACAAGAGGUUCAUGGGGCCUUGCUAAGUGGCAAUCCGCACGACCAGUUAGCCAUCGCAUAUAACUUGGUUGUGGACAACAAACGCAUCGAGGACGAAACAGCUAAAUUAGAGAUUAAGGACUUUUACGUCGCUUCCAGCCCCCCGCCGUUAUCGAGCAGUUUGGAGAGCCCUUCUCGGGGUGCACUUGGACAUGUUCAUCCCGAAAGGGUUCCCCGUGCGCGCCUGUUGAGUCCGGGGGGCCAGGAGCGAGAAGGGCGCGCAGCUGGAGCAAGCGGCGCGAUGGCAGCCAGCACAGCCGGCCCUAAACCACCUCACAAGAGAGCCAAAUGGCACCUCGGAAUUCGCUCGCAGUCAAAGCCACACGACAUUAUGAACGAGGUCUACCGCGCAAUGAAAGCACUUGAUUUUGAGUGGAAAGUGGUAAACCCAUUCCAUGUUCGUGUGCGCCGUAAGAAUUUGCCCAGUGGACGCCUCGCCAAGAUGAGCCUGCAGUUGUAUCAGGUUGAAUAUAAGAGUUAUCUGCUGGACUUCAAGUCUUUACCGUACGCCGAAGACCAGUCGCAAGACCCAAGCGUGGCAGAAACCAGCCUGCAUAGUUACCACAACACGAUGGAGUUCUUCGAGAUGUGCGCGGCUCUCAUUACUCAACUGGCGCGCUGAGACGUACUGCAGCCGGAUGGAAGCAGCCAAAUAGAAAUAAAUUAACACCAUGAUGGCGGCGAAUGAAUCGUGCUAGUCAUAUAAAAAUAAGGUGUUGCUAACAAAAAUAAUAGCUUCGAAGACGUUGCGAGCACUAAUGAGUGUAGCUGCGGAAAAAUAGCAGUUCGACAGAUUUAUAUGACAGAAUCCAUUUCAAUUACUAAUCCUUGCUUCGCUUUUACACCCACGACGACCACCUCUGGCGCCGAAUUCAGGUGUCGCGUACGGCCAUGUUUCCAAAUAAACCCCACUUGAUCCCCGUGGUCAGUUUAUAUCUUCGCUGUGUCCAUCGAUGACAAUGUUGGGCUGCUGCUACUACUAAUGAACCUCGCAGCCUUCGAGCUUAUAACACGUUGACGACAACAACAGCCCGAUUAUCAGAAUGUGAAGUCAACCAUCCGUUUAUGGCAGACGUCUCGGCAUAAAACGCUGCAGCUCUCUGAGCGGGGGUUAUAUCUGUGAAGUCGUAUGAAUAACUGGCAAGAACGUAGGCUGUUUAUUUCGUAUAAGAGGCAGCUUUCAAUCUUGGUAGGGAUUCGUCAAGCACGGAGAGAAUGGACGUUAGCUGAUCUUCUCUCGAAUUCCAAAAACGACGCGUUCUUUCCAACUAUGACGACUGUGUUGUCUUGUUCUGAAAAGAACAAGCUUUCUUAUAGUACCAAGAAUAGCGGAUGAAGCAUGCACCCUACGACAAACGGGUAAAGGACCUGCCAAGUAUGUCCCAAUUUACGUGCCGUAAC